UGGAGUAAAUUAACUUUUUUUUUUUUCAAAUAAAUAAUAAAUGAUAGAUUUAUCCAGGGACUAAAGUAACUCUUUAAAAAUAAUUUACCAGCCCAGAUUACCCACCUCUCCUCAGGAAAAGAAAAUCGUGGACACGCCCCUGCUGCCACCUUUUAAUGGAAAGUCCCGUAAAAACAGAAAGUGAAAGAAAACUCGCGCAGAGGGAGUGUAUUAUUUUAUUAUCGUCAUAGACCUAUUUGCUUCUAACCCUCCUGACUGUUCAGACGGAUUUGUUUGUGAACUCUGCGGGUCCGAAGGCCUCUGCGGGACAGGCGGAUAGAUAGUCUUCGUUUCCCAUGAAUCAAAAGUGAAAGCAAACUCCCGGCUCACCUCUUAAGUCUGCCCGGGCCUGGGCGAUGGCAGGCGCCUAUUCCCACCGAGUGGUGGUCGAACUGGAAAAGAGCGACAUCCCCAAAGUGAAGAACAAGCUGGUGAAGUACUUCCAGAGCCGGAGGUCGGGCGGUGGAGACUGCCAGGUGGACUAUGAGGAGGGCAGCAGCACGGCGGUGCUGCGCUUCAGCAGGGAAGAAGAGAAGAAGAAAGUUCUGGAUAAAGAAUGCCACGAGAUCAAUUUGGAGAAAGGAGUUCUGAAGAUGAAAGCCCGUCUGCCCUCAGAUGAGCAAACAGGACAG